AACUGUGUUACUAUACGAGUUACUUGCUAGUAGUAUUAUAUCUCUCUGUUGCUCUAUUGUGUCUCUUUUGUCCAUCUCUGUUGAUUGUCUCUCCAUUUCUGCAGCUCUUCUUAAUCUUUGUUUCCACGCUGUGUGUCAAGUAUCUUUAUUUCUUCCAUAUCUAGUUUAAGUAGGGUUGCUUAAUUUUACUUUUGUCAGGAUUCGCUCUCUGAUAAUCCAGUAGGCUGACAAAAAGGACUAGAGGCAAGGAAUAUAAGGUGAUCCCACACAUCCCCAUUCCAUAAACUAAAUCAAAAGCAAAAGAACAUAAAUUUGUAUUCAAAUCUUUCUUUCUUUCUUUCAUUUCCACUUUCUCUUUAAUUUUCUAAAGCACUGUACACUACACCCAUUUUGAUUUAAAGACUACUUAUUCCUCUCAUUGAUAUUUUUCUUUUGCUCUUAAAUGAGGACAAUCAUGGCUAAAACUCCUCAUGACUCUUCCUUCUCAUUCUCUAGAAGAAACUUUCAAUGGAGAAAGAAAACGCAUGAAGAUGAUCAAGAUGAGGAUGAUCAUGCUGAUAAAGAAAGUGAAAUUCUAACCAGUUCUUUCUCUGCUUCCUUGAAGCUAAGUGAUCAUGUCGACCAUGAAGCAGAGAAGAAGAAAAAAACCAAGUUAGGUCAUGAAAUUAAGAAUCCAUCGGUUAGUUUGCAAAACCAGCAGAAGAAAAAACCUCAAGUUGUAGCUGUCUCGAGAUUAAGAACUGCCGUUCUUACAGUAUUCAGUAAACAUAGAAGGUUACAAUAUCUAUCGGGUCUUGGUACUCGGGUUGUUGGUACAUUAUUCGGGUACAGACGUGGCCACGUUCAUUUUGCAUUUCAAGAUGACAGUAAAUCGAAUCCAGCGUUUUUAAUUGAGUUAGCAACACCAACAAGUGGUUUAGUAAGAGAAAUGGCUUCUGGGUUGGUAAGAAUUGCUCUAGAAUGUGAUAAAAACAAAGCUGAGAAUAAGAAAGGAAUGAAAUUGUUAGAAGAACCGCUUUGGAGAACCUAUUGCAAUGGUAAGAAAUGUGGGUUUGCUAUGAGAAGGGAAUGUGGACCUGAAGAACUGAAAGUACUCAAGGCUGUCGAACCAAUUUCCACAGGUGCUGGGGUUUUGCCAGGGUCUGCAUCCGGGUCAGAAGGUGAGUUAAUGUAUAUGAGGGCUAAAUUCGAAAGAGUUGUUGGUUCUAGAGAUUCUGAAGCUUUUUAUAUGAUGAACCCUGAUGGAAAUGGAGGUCCUGAACUAAGUCUUUAUUUGCUUAGAGUUUAAGAAGACUUUUAGAGUGAUACAGAGUUCUUCUUCAAGAAGCCUAACAGCUCUUUCAUGUUACACUUCUUCUGCAAUGGAAAUGGAACCUGCGGCACUACAUUAAAUUUCUCUGUAUUUUUUUAAGCUGGGUUUUUUGGGAAUGGGUAGGUGAGUUAAGGUGAUUUUGUUAAUUCUUAGGCAAUGUAUGGUAAUCGGUGCAAAAUAGCAUCAUGAAUCAUGAUGACAAAUGAUGAUGAUGAUAAGUGGGGGUAUAGUAUUCUACUUAUAUAUGUAUGUUGUAUAGUCUUAAGUAAGAAAAAGAAAGCGAAUU